AUGGUUUAUGAUCUUGAUGAAAAUAUAAUGGAAUUAAUAGCAAAGCCACCGAUUGAAAUAGAAGAACCGCCAAUGUACGUAUCUAAAUUUCGUAAUUCUGUUAAAAGAGCAUCUAUUCAUGGCAAAAGUGCACAUAAAACUUUCGGUGUACCUCGAGUAUCAUUAAAUCCACCGCAAGAAUUUUUAAGAAAACAUUCGCGCAAUGAAAUACAACGUACUGAUAUUAAACAUAAACAUUAUCAUAUACCAGAUUAUCCGCACAAAUUACCGGAAUGGAAGUCACCAAAGAAACCGAUACUCUAUUAUGUUGAUGAUCGUCGUGGAAAUUCUUUUCCACGUAAACCUGCUAGUUUUUCUGCUUGUCAAAAUGUGGAAAAUGAAAAUCCUCAAUUUUAUUUAGAAAAAAAUCGUAUGAGUGAAAAUGCAAGAAAAAAAAUUUUUAAUAAAUUUAUAAACAAUACAAAAACUUCAGAUCAAUCAUCUGCAAAGAGUGAAAAGUCAUCAGAGUAUGACGGAUUAGAAAGUAAAGACAAUAAUAAAAAAUCCUUUAAAAAACAUAGUAAAGAACCGAAUUGCCGUUACGUUAGUGAUGAGGAACGUGCUCAGCUACUUUCGGUAAGCUAA